UGGGUGACGGAGGUAUACAAAUACCUCAAAAGGAAUUGCUCCUAUUUCUUCUCUCCAUCAUCCUGGAGUAAAUCAGGAGUAACUCCACUGGAGUCCAUUGAGAUGAUUCUAUUUUCUCUCAUCCCAGUGUAAACCAGGAGUAACUCUAUUAUUUUCUACUGUUUUCACCAUUCUCAUUCCCAUAUUACACCAAUCUUCACAAGCUAAAGGUCUGACUCAAUGAAAUUAGGAUGGUUUUUAAAAAGGAGAGUUAUUUUACUGAUCUAAUGCUGGCCUUUGCUCUUUUCUUUCCUUCUGCAGACAUCACACCAUGUCCUGAGAAAGAAAAUAUCCAACUGAACCAUCGUGACCAAGUUCCUUGUCCUGGGAUUCUCUGAUUUUCGGGAGCUGCAAAUUUUGCACUUUGUGGUGUUUCUAGUGAUUUACCUGGCAUCCCUGAUGGGGAAUAUUCUUUUUUUCAUGGCCAUAGCCUUCAAUCACCACCUUCACACCUCCAUGUACUUCUUCCUGAUGAAUCUGUCCAUCGUAGACCUCGGCUCCAUCUCUGUCAUUGUCCCCAAAUCCAUGGCCAACUCCCUCAUGAACAUCAUGUCCAUUUCCUAUGCUGGGUGUGUUGCCCAAAUCUUUUUCCUUCUCUUCUUGCUGGGAGCGGAUUUUUCCCUUCUCACCAUCAUGGCAUACGACAGAUAUGUUGCCAUCUGCCAACCACUGAACUAUGAGGCACUGAUGAACAGCAGAGCUUGUGUCAAAAUGGCAGCUGGUGCCUGGAUCAGUGGGAUUCUCUUCUCUGUGCUACACACCGGGAACACAUUUGCAUUGCUCUUCUGUGGAGGCAACAUGGUGGAUCAGUUCUUCUGUGAAAUCCCUCAGCUGCUGAAGCUCACCUGUUCCGAUUCAUAUCUAAGUGAAAUUGGGGUUCUUGCCUUUACAGUAUGUUUAGUCUUAGGCUGCUUUGUUUUUAUCAUUUUGUCGUAUGUUCAGAUCUUCAAAUCAGUGCUCAGGAUCCCCUCUGAGCAAGGCCGGUAUAAAGCCCUAUCCACCUGCCUUCCUCACCUCACUGUGGUGUCCUUGUUUGUUUGCAGUGGGGCCUUUGCCUACCUGAAAUCCACCUCCAACUCACCAUCUGCUCUGGAUCUUGUGGUGGCAAUUCUCUAUUCCGUAUUGCCACCAAUCAUGAAUCCAAUUAUCUACAGCAUGAGGAACAAGGAGAUCAAAGUUGCCCUGAGGAGACUGACUGGUUGGAGAUUAUUCACCCAAGAAUAA